CAGUAGAGGCACGAAUCCCUGAAAAAAGCUCUGCCUCCUUCCUUUUUCCCUCUUUUCUUCUUCUUCUUCUUCCACCGAUUGCUUCCAGUUCGAUCGCCCUCCCUGCCGUCUGCUUCCAGUCCGAUUGCUUCAUCGCCCUCACCGCCGUCUGCUUCCAGUCCUUCUCGGCCCUCUCGCUUCGGUGCUCCCUCGGUUCCAGUCGUUCCUUCUCCGCCCUCCGCCGUCUGUUCCGGUUCUCCCUGGCUGCCGGUCGUCUCUUCCCUUCUAUGGAUAAAGGAAAGAAACGAAUGAACUAUGCUUUCAAUACGAGACAACCCUCUGCUAAGUGGGAUGACCACACACAUCUACAAUUUAUAGAGCUAGUAGAACAAGAGAUUCAGAAGGGAAAUAGGCCAGGAUCAUUUAUAAAUAAGGAUGGGUGGAAAAAUUUGAUCAAAACUUUUAAUGAAAUAACAGGGAGGUGUUAUGACAACAAACAAUUGAAAAAUCACUGGGAUUCUAUGAAAAAAGAAUGGACAUUUUUUAAGCAAAUAAUGCGAGGCGAGUCAGGUUUGGGGUGGGAUGAAACAAAGAAGACUGUUGUGGCAGAUAAUGCUUGGUGGGAGCAGAAAAUUAAGGAAAAUGAAAAUUAUCGAAAAUUCAAGAACAAAGACUUGUCCAUCAUAUGGUUUCGCUACGAUGGCUUGUUCUCUGAUAUUGCAGCAACUGGGGAAGGAGCACGAGUUCCAAGUCAAUAUGAACCUCUAACUCAACUAUCGAGUACUAAUAAAGAUGAUGAUGUAAUUGAAAACACUGAGGAUAUAAAUAACCUUGGAGAGCCAUUCAUUAGGGAUCAAAGCCCCAAUGAUGCCACAACUGGUGACGAUUUGUUUGUAGAACCAAUCGGGCAACAAGAGAGACCAUUGACCACUAAAAGGGGUAGGAAGGAAAAGAUGUCGAGUGCUGCUAUGUUGAGGACAAAUAUUGAAGAUUUAAUGCAACUAUACUCCAAGAGCACAAAUACUUCGAACUCUGUUGCAGGACCAGAUGCGGAGAGCAUUCCAAAAUGCAUGGAGAUAUUGCAGCAUCUCCCCAUUCAGGUUGGGUGUAGGUUGUGGAAUUAUGCUUGCACCAUUUUUACCAAGCCCCCGAAUCGAACUGUCUUCAUAAAUCAACCAUCCGACGAGGCAAGAUUUGCUUGGUUGGACUACCUGCAUCAGUUGUUUGAGGAACAUCGGCCUCCACCAUGAACAUUUUCUUUAAUAUGUUAGAACUAAUUUAAUUUAUGUUUGAAUACUGUUGAGACUAUUGUUGAGCGUGUUUUAUGUUGAACGUUGUUUAUUAUUGAACAUGUUGGAUUAUUUUCUUUAA